AACCCCAGGGCUAGUAGUAGUGGCGUAGCCGCUGGAGAUGCUUCUGCGGGCUGGGCUGAGGCGCUUGUGGCCGCGAUCUCGGGCCGCGGGGGUCUCUCUAGAAAAUCGGAGCCGAAGCAGGGCAGUGGCCUCUGGCGUCUCUUCCCCUGGCGGCACUUCGCCCGGAGCCCUAAAUAUCUUCGAUCGGGAAUUGAAGAGGAAACAGAAGAACUGGGCGGCCCGGCAGCCUGAGCCGAUCAAGUUUGACUACCUGAAGGAGGAGGUUGGAAGUCGCAUUGCAGACCGUGUAUAUGACGUAGCCAGAGAUUUCCCCCUUGCUUUGGAUGUUGGCUGUGGAAGAGGUUAUAUAGCACAACACUUGAAUAAGGAAACUAUUGGAAAGUUUUUCCAAGCAGACAUUGCAGAAAAUGCUUUGAAAAAUUCCUUAGAAACAGAAAUUCCUACUGUCAGCGUUUUAGCUGAUGAAGAAUUCCUUCCCUUCCGAGAAAAUACAUUUGACCUCGUGGUUAGCAGUUUAAGUUUGCACUGGGUGAAUGACCUUCCUAGAGCACUUGAACAGAUUCAUUACGUUUUAAAACCAGAUGGUGUAUUUAUUGGCGCAAUGUUUGGAGGCGACACACUCUAUGAGCUUCGGUGUUCAUUACAAUUAGCAGAAACAGAAAGAGAAGGAGGAUUUUCUCCACAUGUUUCUCCUUUCACUGCUGUCAAUGACCUGGGACAUCUACUCGGGAGAGCUGGCUUUAAUACACUGACUGUGGACACUGAUGAAAUUCAGGUUAACUAUCCUGGAAUGUUUGAGUUGAUGGAAGAUUUGCAAGGUAUGGGUGAAAGUAACUGUUCUUGGAACAGAAAAGCACUGCUGCACCGAGACACAAUGCUGGCGGCUGCAGCUGUGUACCGAGAAAUGUAUGGAAAUGAGGAUGGUUCAGUACCUGCUACGUAUCAGAUUUAUUACAUGAUAGGAUGGAAAUACCAUGAAUCACAGGCAAGACCAGCUGAAAGAGGUUCUGCCACUGUGUCAUUUGGAGAGCUAGGAAAAAUAAACAGCCUAAUGUCACAGGAGAAAAAAUCCCAAUAAAUAUUUUAUUCCAUGUUAAUGUAGUCUAGAUUUUUCAUCAGAAGCUGGAUUUGGUGACUGCGUUCCAACAAGUAGAAUAGAUAGUGGGUCACUUCCAAGACCAGGUAAUAAAAGGCAUUGCUCCCUCCUCGCUCUCUUUGGGCCAUUCACUCUGGGGAAAGCCAGCUACCAUGAUGUUGAGUCUGCUCAUGGAGGGGAACUAAAGGGGAAGGUCUGUUCUCCUGCCAGAAGCCACGUGAAGGAGCCAUCUUGGAAGCGCAUCCUCCAGACUCAGUCAGCUUUCAGGUGACUGCAGUCCCAGCCUGCCCCACAACAGCCAGCCAAACCACUCCCAAAUUUCUAACCCACAGAAACUGUGAAAUAGUACAUAUUUGUUGUUUAAGUCACUAUGUUUUAUAGUAACUUAUGACACAACUAUAUUUAACCAACAUACUCCCUUUGGGAAAAGUUGGGUGCUUGGGGUAUGCUAAGUUGUUACUUUAAGUUAAAACAGCUUGCUUAUUUAAAAUUAGGUGAAGGGAGCAGACAUUUAGUCUCAUAUAUAGUCUCUUAGUUAAGAAGCUUGUGUCCUGCAGCAGAGUGCUUGGGUUCUAUUUCCAACUCCUGACUCCAGCCUCCUACUAAUGCAGAUCCUAGGAGGCAGCAGUGGUGGCUCAAGUAAUUGGGUGCCUGACACUCACGUGGGAGACAUGGAUUGAGUUCCUGGCUCUCAGCUUUGGUCUGGCCUCUCCUGGGUCAUUGUGGGCAUUUAAGGAAUAAAUCAGCAGAUGGAAGCCCUCUGUCUUUCCUUUUGCCUCUCAAACAAAUAAAUUUUCUGAAUAAAAUGAAAUUAGGUAAAGUUAACAUUAACAAACAUAUUUUUAGAAAUCAGACUUGAGAUAUUCUUGCCUGCAGGUUUGUUUCCAUGGUACCUCAAGACAACUGACCUCCCAAGGUACUUUCACUAGGUCUCAAUUUUAUUUCCUAGGACCAUCAGUAUCAAUUUCCUGGAAGCUUUACUCUGGUUAGUCCCAAAAUGAAACCAAAGAAUUUGGAAAAACUUUGCCAUUGAGAAUUCAGUGAGUUACACAACUGCACAUGGAUUUCUCAGUUCCCAUGUGUCAAAGCUGUUGAGUUGCUGACAGCUCAUUAUCAGGAUGGACUGGUGACAUUGCACACUUGUUACCAGGCUCUCAGGUGAACACAGUGCUGAAGAAAUAGUAAGAAAUUUUUUAUUUUUAAAAGUUGUAUGUAUGUGUGGGGCCGGCACUAUAGCACAGCGGGUUAAAGCCCUGGCCUGAAGCUCCAGCAUCCCAUAUGGGCACCGGUUCUAGUCCCGGCUGCUCUUCUUCCAACCCAGCUCUCUGCUGCAGCCUGGGAAAGCAGUGGAGGAUGGCCCAAGACCGUGGGUCCCUGCACCCAUGUGGGAGACCUGGAGGAGGCUCCUGGCUCCUGGCUUUGCUCCAGCCGUUGGCGGCCAUCUGGGGAGUGAACC